AUGACUAGGGGGAGGAAUGCCCAGCAGCAGAAAAAUGCAGGGGAUGGGCCUUCUACAACAGAGGGCAGAAGAUGCCAGUGGGCAGGUAAAGUGGAGUGGGAACGUUGGACUGAUAUAGGAAGAUACACAAAAGGGGAAGGAGCCACCAGUGGCGACCGAUUGGAAAUUCUUCGGAGGUUUAGAGGAGAGCAAACUGCACCCAGACCUCCUUCUUGGGUCUCACCUCUGCAUGCUCCAGAGCAAGUAAACUCCCCCUCUGCUGCUGACAGAGCAUGUCCCCAGUCACAGUCUCAGGAGUCGCUAGAGCUCCGGGUUAUACCCAAAACCAUGAGAGUAACCAACCAUACUAGACAAUCAGAUUUUGACCUAGUGGGAUUCUUCAGUCAAUUCAAGUACCCAGCUCUUCUUUGUUUGGUCAUUUUAUAGUUUUCCUGAUGGCCUUGGAACACCAUCCUGAUCUUUUUGAUACACUGUGAUACUCACCUUCAUAACCCCAUGUACUUUUUUAUUGCCCAGUUAUUGCUCAUGGAUGUGAUGUACAUUUCUGUUACUCUGCCCAAGAUGCUCAUGGACCAGGCCAUGGGUGUGAAACAGAUCUCAGUCCCUGAAUGUGGGAUGCAGAUGUUUCUCUAUCUGACACUAGGAGGCUCAGAAUUUUUCCUUCUAGCUGCCAUGGCCUAUGACUGCUAUGUGGCCAUCUGCCAUCCACUCCAUUAUCCUAUCCUCAUGAACCAUAGGGUGAGUCUCCUCUUGGUGUCUUCUUCCUGGUUUAUAGGAUCUGUGGAUAGAUUUGUGUUGACACCCAUCACCCUGACCUUUCCCUUCUGUACAUCCUGGGAAAUCUAUAAUUUCUUCUGUGAGGUCCCUGCUGUAAUGAAGCUUUCCUGCUCAGACACUUCCCUCUACGAGACCCUCAAGUACCUGGGCUGUGUUCUCAUGCUCCUCAUCCCUCUGACAAUCAUUUCAAGCUCCUAUUCUUUCAUCCUCUUCACCAUCCACAGGAUGAACUCAGCAGAGGGAUGGAAGAAGGCCUUUACCACUUGUUCUUCCCACAUGAUGGUGGUCAUCCUUUUCUAUGGUGCUUCCAUGUAUACCUACAUGCUUCCCACCUCCUAUCACACCCCUGAGAAGGACAUGAUUGUAUCUGUCUUUUAUACCAUACUCACUCUUGUUCUAAAUACUUUAAUUUAUAGUCUUAGGAAUAAGGAUGUAACAAGGGCUCUAAAAAAUGUUGAAUGUGGAUCAAUCUUUUAG